CUCGCAAUAAUGGAAUCCGUCGAGCUGCACACUGAAGGUCAGGAACUGUCCGAGUCUCGGGCACCGACACAAGCCUUGGUCGACGUGCAGGCCGCGCAGAUCGCUCUGUACCAGUCCCAGCAGUUGCAGUUUCUCCAGCAAAUGCAACAGCAACAGCCAAACAAUGAACAGCUCCGGCAGCUGUACAGUAACCAAAUGAUGAUGAUGCCGCAGUUCCUGGGAGCGACAGCCCCCGCUGUGUCGGACGCGGUAGAGGCGGAGCCCGUCUACGUGAACGCCAAGCAAUACCACCGCAUUAUGAUCCGUCGCCAGCAGCGGGCAAAGCUGGAGGCCAAGCUAGGAAGCAACCGCCAACGCAAGGCAUACUUGCACGACUCGCGGCACAAGCAUGCCAUGCGGCGACCGCGUGGACCUGGUGGUCGCUUCUUGACCCGUGCCGAGAUCGCGAUGAUCAAGGAAGGUACGCUGCGCCUGGAAGAUCUGCCUGCCAAAGCUGUCAAGUAGAGAAGCGAGCAACCUCCAGUGCCAUCGUUCUGUAGUAUAGUACUU